AUGCAAGAGCUAAAAGAUCAGCUGCGUGUGAUGCUAGUGGCUCAUCGAUUUCUAUCGAAGAAGGCUAUCUCCAGUGCUUCACUCAUUCCUGUUUUGCUCAAAGGGCUAUGGCUGGCAGAUCUUGGGACGACAAGUACAUUGAAGCAACUAACAGAUAAGAGUUUCAAUGAUAUUUUUUUAAAUCAAAAUGGUAUAAAAGAUCGCACAAUUUACAAAAAGCUACAGGCAGCUAUGCUGGCCAGUACAGUUCUCGUCGUCGUGUCUCUUCUAAAAGCGAUAAGUGGAAAUACUCUUGGUGCAUAUAAUAAUGGCAGCGAAAUACUGUCUUUCACAGUAUCACCGAAAAUCUGGGAGACACUUGAGAAGAACGUGAACUCAAUCAAGGAUGCUGUAAACAGCGAGUUACAACCAAGAAGCGGCCAAGAGAAACGAGCAAAGUACAAAAUAUGGGACGAGGUCAUCGAAAGAAUUUCGCUUUCGAAAAACAACAGUUUUGUGAAGACUAACAACGGUGUGCGGCUGAUUAUGAGGGCAGUGGUGUUUCAUAUUACAACAAAAGCUAAAGUGGAUAUAGGAAUCCCGAUCGCUGGAAAAUGGAUCCCAGUAACCAGCUGCAGCGGCAGUUUGAGUGCAUUAUCAGAAAGCUCGACGGUUGAGGUCACACUGGAGUGGAAGGAUUACAGAAUUCAGCCUUUAGUCACAGUACAGUUGAAUCCAACUAUCCAAUAUACAAACCGACUAAGUAAAUGCAAGGACUGGAUUCCGAAUAUACAGAAAGCUAUAUCUUCCGCGAUUGCUCAAAGUGUGACUGAUCUACUCAAAGAAGGACUUGCUCCUUUCCACUUCUCCAAGGAUACCUUCACUAACGAAGUCGUAGUGCAGUGGACAGUGCAAAACCCAUACAUGCGCGUUGCUCUGCGGCAGAAGAGUAAGGAACAACUCGUCUCACGGGUACAGCCAUUCAACAACACAUUUUGUAUUGACGCUAAUUUGCGCGAAUUUUUGGCAGCUAUUUUAUAUCCACAGAAGAAACUCACGGCGAAGGAACAAGCACGUUCAACAAGCGAGUUGGACAUCAACUGCGUUGCACCACAAUUUAUGUGUGAUGGACCACUUUGCCAGCUCUGUUCCGACCUGGAAAUUGUUCCAGCAGCAACAAGCAAAGCUGAUAUUUUUCAUAACUGCUUCUCUUUUGGAUGAUUUAAAAGUAAAAUAAAAGUCUGCACUGUUU